AUGGGUGCGUUGGCUGGCGACGUCCGGGUCGCAGCGCUAUGCACACUGGUCCUAUACAUCAAAUUCUACGCAGCGCUGUUUGUCCAAGGAACUGUGAAGUACAAGUCGGGGUCGCGACCGCCGGAAGACAUGACGUUCGCUGCGACAACCGCUCCCAACAAAGAAUUGUUCAUUCCGGAGACGUCGGAAGAUAAACUCGAAGCGGCCAAAGCCAGAGAACAUCGAUGGAACCGCAUUGUCGGCAAUGACUUGGAAAACCUGCCACUUGGGAUCAUGAUGGCGUGGGUGGCGAUCGUGGCGGGCGGGAAUGGCACCGUCACGAGCAUCGCGAUUAUAUUGUUCACCGUGAGCCGCAUCGCGCAUUCCAUUGCGUUUGCGAACGCCAUGUUCCUUCCCCGAACGAUUUCAUUUCAAGAGAUACCCGAAUCUGCUGCACUCCGUGACGCCGAACGAGCUGUCACAUGCACUCACCUCAUCAACUUCUUGAAUCGCAACCACCGACAAUGGCUUGACGGCUACCUUGCCACCCGGAAGUCCAGCUACAACUCCCUCCUUCGGCUUCUUCAACGCUGUUGCCACCGCCACGGCUUCACAAGACAGAAGGCGUCGAAAUCCAAGAAGACCCAAGCUGACCUAGAAGCAACAAGGGCUGAGUUUGCGGCGGACUUCCACAAGGCGUUUGAAGGCUUGGAACCUGACACAGUCAUCAAUGUUGACGAAACCGGGAUGACGUACGACAUGCCACCACAUGGCUUUUGGGCCAUCUUUGGCGGCACGCGAAGAUUGCGUCGGGUGAGAAGAAUUCUUACCGAAUGA